AUGGAUCGGAAUGAAACAUUUGAACGUUAUAAGCGAAAUUCGGUGGAGGAACCUAUAAAAGAUACCAUUGAAUUCAUUGACUAUAUUCGACAAGACUGCGUUCCUGAACUUGAAAAAGCUGAUAUAUCACUUUCCAAGAAGGAAGGUUUUUCAUCAGCUCUACUUCAACCGAUCCUAACGCCUCGAUUUGCAAUCUCAUGUACCGAUAAACUCUUACGCCAACUAGGCCAACUACUCCAAUCAGAUCCAAGCUUACGAUUACAAACUCAUCUAAGUGAAUCGAAAUCAGAAAUCUCAUUUACCAAAUCAUUAUUCCCUAACAUAGAAACAUAUACAGAAAUACAUGACGAAUUCGAUUUAUUUACAUCACCUACGAUUUUAGCUCAUUGUAUACAUUUAGAACCGAGUGAAAUUGAUUUGAUUGAGAAAUGA